AUGGCCUCGCGCGCCCGGCGGCGCCGCCCGCUGCCCGCGCCGCUGGUGCUGCUGGCGCUGCUCGGCCGGCUGCAGGUGACUUUUCAGAUCGCCCCUCCGUGUACCAGCGAGCGGUAUUAUGAGCAUCUUGGACAAUGCUGUAAGAAAUGUGAACCAGGAACAUACAUGUCUUCCAAAUGCACCACUACCUCUGAAAGCGUCUGUCUGCCCUGUGGCUCGGACGAAUACCUGGACACCUGGAAUGAAGAAGAUAAAUGCCUGCUGCACAAAGUCUGCGAUCCAGGCAAGGCCCUGAGGGCCGUGGAGCCCGGCAACCGGACGGCGUCGCGGCGCUGCGCCUGCAUCUCCGGCUACCACUGGAGCGAGGACUGCCACUGCUGCAGCCGCAACGCCGAGUGCGCGCGCGGCUUCGGCGCCCGCCCCGUGCAGCUCAACAAGGACACGGUGUGUGAGCCCUGCCCCGCAGGCUACUUCUCCAACACCACUUCCGCCACGGACUCCUGCAGGCCCUGGACCAACUGCACCAUUCUCGGAGAGAGAGAAGUGCGUCGCGGAACCGAUGAAUCAGAUGUGGUUUGUAGUCCUCUCCCACCUGCAGAUCCACCAAGUGAACCGCAGAUUUACUUGCCCAGUUUAAUUAUUCUGCUCCUCUUCAUGUCUGUGGCUUUGGUGGCUGCCGUCAUUUUUGGUGUUUACUACAGGAAACAAGGGAAAGCACUGACAGCUAAUUUGUGGCACUGGGUCAAUGAGGCUUGCGGCCGCCUAAAUGGAAAUAAGGAGUCCGCAGGCAACAGUUUCAGCUGCACUCACGCGGAGGCCGGCAGCGCACGCGAAGUCUGUGAGGGUGUCUUCCUGCUGACCCUGGAACAGAAGGUGUUUCCUGAAGACACGUGCCGUCCGGAGGCGGGGGGCGCGUGCGCAGCGGCCUGUCCACCCCGGGGAGACGCCGAGAUGCUCUCCUUGGUCAGCGAGAUCGAGGGGGACCCCUUCAGGCCAGUGCCCACGGAGGACGAAUACACGGACAGGCCCCCCCGGACCGCAGACUCCAUGGUGGUCCUCACCCCGCCUGCAGGCCGGUCACCCUUCCCCGAGCCCCUGGAGGUGGGCGAGAACGACAGCCUCAGCCAGUGCUUCACGGGGACGGACAGCCUGGGGGGCUCCGAGAGCCCCCGCCUCCCCGCGCCCCCCUGCAGGACUGCGUGGAGGCCCGCGUCCCCCGAGAAGUCCUUGCACCGAGAAGCGGGGGGCGGCCGGCGCCCGCACUGGGCGGCCGGCGCCCGCUCUGCCGACGGCUGUGCAGGCUGCGGGGACCCGGCGGCCGGACUGGGGGCCCCCCCGAGCGGACCCUUGCCCCAGUGCGCCUACGGCAUGGGCCUCCCGCCCGCAACAGACCCGGCCGAGGCGGGGGGCCAGCCCCCAGACGGGGCCACCGCCGAGCUUCCCGGCCCCGCGAGGUGGGGCCCGGGUGACCAGCCGCCUGCCUCAGGUACUGUGACUGGAAACAGUAACUCCACGUUUAUUUCCAGCGGGCAGGUGAUGAACUUCAAGGGCGACAUCAUCGUGGUCUACGUCAGUCAGAACUCGCAGGAGGGCCCGGCGGCGCCAGGCGGCGGCGCGGGCGAGCCAGCGGGCCACCCGGUGCAGGAGGAGAGCCCUCCGCGCCGCGACUCGUUCGCCGGCCUGGGGCCGCGCUUCCCGGACGCGUGCACUGGCCUCGACGUGGGCCCAGGACUGCAGGAGCACGGCGCCCCGGCUGCAGACAAGGCCUCGCGGCCGGUGCAGGAGCAAGGG